CAGAAAUAUGAACGACCACGUGUCAUGGUGUUCGCCUAGUUCUACAGAAAGCAACCAAAGAUUAUUGUCAUUGUGAACAUGGAAAGGUCUCUGGCCAGAAUUCACGAUUACCAAUCAAUCAUUCAUGAAUUCUGAAAUAUCACUACACAUACCCUUACACUUCCACUCCAUUUAAACAGGAAGUGAAGAAAAUUUGAGUGUAAUUGAAAAUGGGUGGAGGAGAAGAAGCGAAGAAACUCAAGGAAGACAUGGAAGUUAAAGAUACACAUGGAAUUGUGGAAGUUAAUCCAAAACCCAGCAAAGGUUUCACUUCUAAAGCAAUCGAUUUGUUGGAAAAACUGAUUGUGAAACUGAUGUAUGAUUCUUCACAACCUCUUCAUUAUCUUUCUGGGAAUUUUGCUCCUGUUAAAGAUGAAACUCCUCCUUGCAAGGAAUUACCUGUUCAGGGCCAUCUUCCUGAAUGCUUGAAUGGAGAGUUUGUCAGGGUUGGACCCAAUCCAAAGUUUGCUCCUGUGGCUGGUUAUCACUGGUUUGAUGGUGAUGGCAUGAUUCAUGGAAUGCGUAUUAAAGAUGGUAAAGCAACAUACGUCGCUCGUUAUGUUAAAACAUCAAGGCUGAAACAAGAGGAGUUCUUUAAAGGCCCUAAGUUUAUGAAGAUUGGAGAUCUGAAGGGGCUGUUUGGAUUACUUACAGUCAACUUGCAAUUGCUCAGGGCUAAACUGAAAGUAGUUGAUAUGUCGUAUGGAAAUGGGACAGCUAAUACUGCUCUUAUAUAUCAUCAUGGGAAGCUUCUAGCACUUUCAGAGGCAGAUAAACCAUAUGUUCUUCGUGUUUUGGAAGAUGGGGAUCUGCAAACCCUUGGAUUGCUUGAUUAUGAUAAAAGAUUGAACCACUCCUUUACCGCUCAUCCUAAGGUUGAUCCAUUCACAGGGGAGAUGUUUACUUUUGGCUAUUCUCACAGCCCACCAUACAUCACAUACAGAGUAAUUUCAAAGGAUGGAUUUAUGCAUGACCCUGUGCCAAUUACAAUCCCAGCACCUAUCAUGAUGCAUGAUUUUGCCAUCACUGAGAAUUAUGCUAUUAUCAUGGAUCUUCCUUUAUACUUUAAACCUAAGGAAAUGGUGAAGGAAAAGAAACUGAUAUUCACUUUUGACUCCUCAAAAAAGUCUCGCUUUGGUGUAUUACCACGAUAUGCAAAGAAUGAGAGUACAAUUAAAUGGUUUGAGCUGCCAAAUUGUUUCAUAUUCCAUAAUGCCAAUGCAUGGGAAGAAGGAGAUGAGGUUGUAUUAAUAACUUGUCGCAUUGAGAAUCCAGAUUUGGAUAUGGUCAAUGGAUCUGCUGAAGAUAGAGUUGAAAAUUUUUCAAAUGAAUUGUACGAGAUGAGAUUCAACAUGAAAAAUGGUCUUGCUUCUCAAAGAAAACUAUCAGCACCUGCUGUGGAUUUCCCUAGAGUCAAUGAAAACUACACGGGCAGGAGACAGAGAUAUGUCUAUGGCACAAUUUUGGACAGCAUUGCAAAAGUACAAGGAAUAGUCAAAUUUGACUUGCAUGCCGAACCAGAUUCCAGCAAAACUAAGCUGGAAGUAGGAGGAACAGUGCAAGGUAUCUUUGAGCUUGGUCCAGGAAGAUUUGGAUCAGAGGCUAUCUUUGUUCCUCGUGAACAAGGUACUACCAGUGAAGAGGAUGAUGGAUAUCUGAUCUUCUUUGUGCACGAUGAAAACACAGGGAAAUCAUUCGUGAACGUAAUUGAUGCAAAAACAAUGUCUGCUGAUCCAGUUGCAGUUGUGAAACUACCUAACAGAGUUCCCUACGGGUUUCAUGCUUUCUUUGUAACAGAGGAACAACUAAAACAACAGAUUGCAUUUUAAGUCAAGAUAGAAGUGGAUAAAUCAACUCCAACAAUGGAAGUCGCUGUAAAAUUAUUGCACCAGACAAUACAAGUUGUGUUGUACUACUCUCACUAAUUCUUCCCAUAAUUUAUACAACUCUUAAACUA